AUAAUGGUAUGCGAUAUGGAUAUUAGUCGACCAAUCAGUGACGAGUAAGCUGACCUCGUGGUUUUAGGAGCACCGAAGGGACUCUUCGUCACAUCGCAGCUAAGAAAUCGCAUAAAAGCCCUCCAUCAACCUCACUUCUGCAGCUGAAAUACAACCAAAGCUUAAAAAUGGCGAUGUCAGGAAUUGCUGUGUCUCAAGACUGUGAAAAAGCUCACGAAAGGCAACACAAGAAGGAAAAGGACAUACAGUGGACAGUGUAUCGUAUUGACCAGUCGGGGAAAAAGGCUGAGAUUGUAGUUGAAUGUCAGAAAGAGAGAGAGUUCUGUGCCAACAGGGCAUCUCAACAGCAGACCGGCGACGUUGAAAAACGAAAUAGGCAACUGUGGCUUGACUUUAUCGACAGUUUACCCGAUGCUGAAAGUCGAUAUGCUGUUUUCGAUUUCGUACAACCAACAUCAUCUGGAGCUUUCAAAGACGCAAUUCGCUUUGUUGCUUGGUCUCCAGAUAAUGGUUCAAUAAAAAACAAGAUGAUCUACUCCUCAACCAAGGAUACCCUCAAGAAAAAGCUUGAUGUCCAAAAAGAGGUCUUCAUCUCCUCAAAGAGCCAGGAAGAAAUCGAAGACUCUUUCAAACAGUUGUUGAAUUGAUUGGCUAUUGUUACUCAAGAGCUUAAGUGUCUAAUGCCUGGCAACUAAGGAACAGUUUCCUGCAAGCUGUACAGUGAAACGAUGACAUAAGUUUUUUUGCACCUGAUCAUAAACUUAUUGCUGAUUAUUUUGUUUCACAACGCCAAAGAACAUUGACUUUUAUAAUGAAUUACCAAAAUACUUAACCUUAAUCAACACUUCCAGAACAGAAAACUGAUUUGAAAUGUAUUCACUUUUGUAUAUUGUAAACAAAUACUCUCUAAAUGACUUGUCAGAACAAAUUGUCUGAAGUUAUCUUCAAUCAUGUUGGAAUGAAUAUCAUGUUAGAAGAAACAUUUUGAUGCAAGUAAUAAAUAUUUCUAUGAAAGCUUUAAA